GAUGAUUUUGCUAGGAAAUUUUCCUCUCCUUGGUUUUAGGUGCUCUCAUCUCUUUAUCUUCAUAAGCAAACUGUUCAUCUCUCAUCCAUGGUUUGUAAUUGUCUUCUUCAACAUAAGGACGGUGUGUUACCAAACUAGUGGCUUUUGCAAAUAUGAAUCUUGAGAGACCUAACAAGCUCGUUGAGAAAAGCAGUAGAGAACCUAAAGCAAUGGCCGCCGAUGGUAGUAAUACAGAUGAAGAUGUCAAGAUAUUUUUGGAAUACAUGGAGAAAAAAAUAAAAUACACAUCACCAUUUCUUUAUACUAUAGACAGAGUUCUCAAGCCAAUAAGAGAUGUAAAACCAGAAGACUACACACCUCGCUUGAUUUCCAUUGGUCCUCUUCACCAUCAAGAGCCUCACUUAAUACCCAUGGAAGCACAUAAGUUGAGACUUGUAAAAGAAUUUCUUUACAGACCAUUUAACAAAGCAACAUUGGGUGAUUAUUUGAGAGAGAUGAAGGGUUAUGAAAAAGAAGUUCGCCAAUGUUAUUCAGAAAAAAAUCCACUCAACUCAGAUGACUUUGUGAGGAUGAUGGUGGUAGAUGGUUGCUUCUUACUUCAACUCAUCCUUGGUUGGACUCACUACCUUAAUGGUGAUUCUAUAUUUAAUGAGACAUGGAUGCCUCAUAUCAUGCGUGACUUGAUGUUGCUUGAGAAUCAACUUCCCUUCUUUGUUCUUAAUAAAUUGUGUAAGCUAUGUAAUGGAGAAUCAAGACCUGAUACAAUCUAUGAUGAUACCCGAAAUUUCAUUUGGAAUUUCUUGAGGUUAGGUCAAGAUGUUAUGUUAUCUAGACCAGAUAGUGAAACAAAGCAUUUUCUUGAUUAUGCAAGACAUUUAUAUGUUUCGCCGUUUCUUCAUGAACAUGAACAACGGUUUAUCCGGCGUAAACAUUCUGCGACGGAGCUGAAGAAGGCGGCGGCGGUGAAGUUUCAGAAGACUAAUACAAGGCGUUUCACGGACAUAACUUUUGAUGGCGAGGAUGGGAAGUUGAAUAUACCAACUAUAUAUAUUGACAAUUCUACGGAGUCUCUACUUCGAAAUCUCAUUGCAUUGGAGCAAUCUCACCAAUAUUCUGUAAAAUAUGUUACAAAUUAUGCAAUCUUCAUGAAUGAUCUCAUCAAUUCUCCUAAGGAUGUGAAGUUGCUGAAGAAGGAUGGGAUUUUUGAGGGGCAGGUUAACCCAAUUGAGGUGGCUGAUUUGUAUAAAAAUCUUCUAAAAGAGGUUACAGUGCCUUAUGAUGUUUGUUUCUCUCAAGUUUACCAUGAAUUGGAGAGCUAUUAUGAUAGUUCAUGGUAUAGACUUGGGACGAUAAGGCACAGAUGUGUCUCAAAAAUCUGCAAAAUGAUGAAGUGUGUGAAAACAAAAUAUUUCGACUCCCCAUGGUCACUCAUAGCAUUCAUUGCUGCAUCAACUGUCCUUGGCUUGACUAUGGAACCAACAAUUGCUUCUUUCAAGUCUUUGAAGCAAAAAGGAGUGGCCGCUGUCUCACAUGAAACAGGAGUUGUGGAAUGAUGCUCAUGGUAGUCAUUGAUUUAGCGUUUCUUUACUGAUGGCAAUGCCGAAGAUGGGAGUGCUUUCCAAUUCUGUGUUUAUGUACUGGAUCUUCUAAUUUGUAAUUAUUUUUUUUUCUUUUAAUACAAAUUAUCUUUUAGUGAAAAAAAAAGGAAUAUCUGCCAUGAAUAAUUGUAUUGUUAGAUAUUUUUCUUUU